AUGUCUAAUACCCGAAGCCUCGCAAGGUUGUCUGCUGUAUCUGAGCUAACUGAGACAACAGUUAGCGCACAGGAACUGGAGAUUAUCCCCAAAAAGAAGCGUAAGAGAGAGCGUGCGAACGAAGUAGACGCCAAGAUAAAGGCAGAAACCCAAGACGAAAUCGAUACUCGGGUAACAAAGUCGACAAGGAAAAAGAAAAAAGGAAAGCAAAAAAUUCAAGUGAGCAACUUAGACGCCAAAACAAAGGCACGAAUCAAAAACAAAACUGUGGUAGUCGAUACUCAGGUAGCAAAGUCGCCAAAGAAAAAGGUUAAAAGAACAAAGACCGAAAAAGUCACUGAAAUGACCGCUACCUUUGCCACGCGGCUCACAAAUGUAACAAAACUUCUCGGGGCUCAUGUUAGUAUCUCUGGAGGUGUACAUAACGCUGUUAACAAUGGUCUACAGAUAGGCGCAAAUGCUUUUGCUAUAUUUCUCAAAAAUCAACGAAAAUGGGAUAGUGCGCCUAUGACAGCCGAUCAGAUCGCUUCUUUUCAAUCGGCUUGUAAAGAACAUAACUAUCCCGCCCACUGUAUACUUCCACAUGGUAGUUAUUUAAUCAAUCUUGCUAAUCCUGAUGCACAAAAACGAGAGAAAAGCUACAAGUCAUUUCUUGAUGACAUAAAGAGAUGCGAGGAUUUAGGCCUUCUGCUCUACAAUUUCCAUCCUGGCUCGACAGUAGGUAAAUGUACUACCGAGCAAUCGAUAGGGCAUAUCGCUGAUUGUAUCAAUAGAGUUCAUGGGGAGACAUCCACCGUUGCUGGCUCUGGAAAUAUUGUCGGAUCAAAGUUUGAGGAACUCGGUGCGAUUAUAGCUAAGGUUAUCGAUAAGAAUCGUGUGGGUGUGUGCAUCGACACUUGUCAUACAUUUGCUGCGGGAUAUGAUUUACGCACAAAGUCUGCUUACGAGAAGACAAUGACCGAGCUCUUCAAGCAUGUCAAUCCUAAAUAUCUUCGUGGAAUGCAUUUAAACGACUCGCUAACUGAAUUAGGAUCCAAUCGUGAUCGCCAUGCUAACAUAGGGAAAGGUCAUAUUGGCCUCGAAGCGUUUCGACUGAUCAUGAACGAUCAUCGUUUAGACAACAUUCCUUUGGUUCUAGAAACACCAGUAGGGUCUGGUCCUGAUGAUGUUUAUGCACAAGAAAUAGAAUUAUUAUAUAGUCUUGUAGGCAAGAAAGAAGACGACGUUACCAUAAAACGAG